UUUCUCUCCUAGCUUCUUGCGCUGAUUUACGACAGUGAGAUUGUGCUGUCAUACACGGUUCGGGGUAUCCAGAGGAGGCAGUGUCUGUGUUGGUCAGGAGAGCUUGACACUGGCCACAUUGCAAUCUGAUCCAGCUGCUGUCCGGGUUAUCAGAAUAGCAGCUGCUUGCAGGCUGAUUCUGCACCUACUGGGUGACUAAUAGCAUUCCAGACGCAUCAAAUAGAGAAGGCAUUUCGAUGUUCUCGUCUGGUGUCCGUCAAUUGCACUUGCUGAGAGACAGGCUGGCCUAUCAACAGGAGCUGGGCGACCCAUUGACUUUCUGUCUGUUUCUUCCGUAAAUUCACCUGCUUCCUGCCUAAUCCUUUGAAGGUGCUCUUCAAGAGAGUGAAUGAAGUUGUCAGAGAACCCCCAAGGAGAAAUCGAAGAAUCAAAGUAUUCGGGAGCUUGACUCAGCUCUGAACACAUCAAGCCGGGUCCCAUCCGUUCUUUAAAACGACAGCGACGGGGAGUUUUUUGCCGCAGUGCUCUUGUUGGGACUGGACCCCUGACAGUUAGAGGGGAGGCAGAGUAUUAGCAGGUAUAGCUGGCACGAAGAACCAAACCAGUGACUGCGGCAUGAACAAACAACCCGAUAGAAAUACUGGUGACAUGGCUGCCCAAACACCGGGCUCCGAUCCAGAAACAUCAGGAGGGCAGCCACAGAUUCCGCCCACCACAUCAAGUGUUGCGAAGACCUUGGAGAAGAAUUCUUUUUCCACCAGCGGAGGGACUCCAAGUGCCAUCCUGCCAUCAGCUGCCAGCAUCCAGCUCGCUCAGCUCCAAGCCCAGCUGACCCUUCAGCGCCUGAAGUUCGCUCAGUCCGCGGUGAACAGCAACACAGCGGCUGCCAGUGUCCUGAGCCAGGUCCUCACCAAGGUUGCUAUGUCUCAGCCUCUGUUUAACUCACUGAUUGGCGCCACAACUGCACAAGCAGGGGGGUGUUUGCCCGGCCCAGCUAUGCCCCCGGCUGGCCUGGCUUAUCCCCCGCAAACUCCAGCAUUAACUGCUCUGGUGGCUGGAGGCAUGGGCCAAGGUGGGAGUAUGCGGACACAGAACUCCAGCCCACUCACAAUGAACCCAUUUGUGGGGAUGACUUCACAGACAUCUGCCCAUUCAGCAGCUCCAGCUUUGAACCUGAGCAAACCUGUCUCGUCACGGCCUUCCAGUGCCUUCUCUGAAUAUCCAGCUGACUUCUCGUGUAAGACCAGUGCUGCCAGCAACCACACCUACAUGCACGAUGAGGUGCUAUCUACCCAAGGCCUUCAUCCAUUUGGCUUCAGUGGCGAUAUACCCAACGUCCUUCCUGCUAACCACGGCCCAGUUAAAGGGCCGCCACUUUUGAGCCAGCCCCAUCCUGGAUUUCAGCUGGACUUCCAGAAUUCCCAGGCAUCCAGAAUGCAUGCACUUGGUUAUCUGGGAGAAAUGAAUGCUGGUGGUUUCCCCCAGGUCCAGCCAUCUGCAAGUACACAGAACCAGGGGAGCUGGACACCGGAUCAGUGGCAAAACCUGCAGCCCAACAGGCCUGAGUUUGCAGCCCAGCCCCAGGACAUGUGGCCCUCCAAGGGUCAACAGCUGCACAUGAGGAAUGAGCUGUACAACCCCGAGGAGCCGACAUCUGAAGGGAAGUCCAUGGUUGGACAUCCAGCUCACCUCAACAGACCCAGCAAUUGCAACCAGAAGUUCUCUGGCCCACCGUUCAAUCCCCGCGACAGGCCACUGCCAGGAUCCCUCCCAGAGAGACAAAUGCAGCCCCGAGAACUCAAUGACUUCCAUGGCAUGGUGCCCUCUCAGCUGCCUCACAUUUGCUCUAUAUGCGACAAGAAAGUCUUCAACCUCAAGGAUUGGGAACAUCAUGUGAAAGGAAAGCAUCACAUCCAGAACUGCACUAUCUUCUCUGAAAGUUCAGGAAUUGGGUCAAGUAACUUUACAAGACCGACAAAUGGAGGUGUCAACUCAGGUGGAAGCAGUACAAUUUUCACUCCUUCCGACCUCCCAUUAGAUAACAGUCAAUCUCACUUGAGGACGUAUCCCCCACUAAGUCAUGGAUUCUCUUCACCACCUCCUGGAUCAAAGCUUUUUCCGCAGAGGAAGCCUGGACCCAGCCGCGUUGUUCACAUCUGCAACCUUCCUGACGGAAGCUGCACCGAGAGUGACGUCAUUAAUCUUGGACUUCCAUUUGGGAAAGUUACAAAUUACAUCCUCAUGAGAGCCACAAACCAGGCCUUUCUGGAAAUGGCAUAUCCUGAAGCAGCCCAGGCCAUGGUACAGUUCUACCAACAGAAACCCCCUGCCAUUGGUGAACAGCAGCUACUUGUUCGCAUGUCCAAACAAUAUAAAGAGCUCAAGCUGAAGGUAAGGUUACAGUGAAAUGUGACUUGAACGUAGGAUCGAUAUGUGCAAUGUAACCAGCAUAAUGCCGAACGAAGCACAAGGUCACAGAAAACACAGAAACUAAUUUUUCAUCCCAGCGAGUCCAUACCAACCAUCAAUCAUCUG